AUGCAAUUCCUCACAGCCAAAUCGCUACUUUACAUCCGGAUACUCCUCCACAUAGCAGUAUCCUACUUCCUCAUCCACAACCCGGAAAAUGUGUCUACGGCAGGGUUCGUGAUCCUCCUAGCUCAAGCGGUUCAAGUGCCAAUCUUGCAUCUUACACAAGCUAACCCGCUCAUAAGUUUCAUUUCGAUCUUUUUGGGGAUUACGGCGUUGGCGGACUUGGUCCCCUUGAUGGCCGAAAACUGGACCCAUUUUGAAACUUUGGUCCCCGUGCGGUUAUUUGCUUUCUUCUUGCUUGUUGCUUAUUCAUAUUUCGUGCCUACUAGCGUCUUGAGUAAUAGCUUAACGGUGACGUAUGCCAUGUUUGAGAUUUGGUGCAAUUUUUUGAUUUACAAUAAUUUGAGAGAUGAAAAGUUUUAUAGGAUGAAAAAGUAUGUCGAGGAUCAUGCUGGUGAGAUUAGACAGGCUCAAGAUGAAAGAAUUCACGUUAUUGAAGAUUAG